UGUGCACAAGGCUCUGGAUGAGGCGAGUGUGGCAGGGCUGUCUGUCUGCCUGCCAGCCCUCUGCAGACUUCAGGAUUGGCUGCGUAGCGGUCCUCAACAUCAACCAUAGUGUGUUGACGGUCGAUGGAAGAUUACAUCGGCCGUGGACAGCAAUUCGGUCUUGCAGAGCUGUAUGUGGCUGCUGUUCGCAUUUUGCCUUUUUAUGAGGAAUGAGCUAAGGUGCUUUUUCUACUGUCUACUGAAUAUACUGCUGAUUCUUCUAUGGACACAGAUUGAGGUGCGGCAUCCAGUGCAGAUAGAGUAAAACAGAGGAAAGCAGAAGAUGCCAGGACCACCUCCACCACCGCCACCUCCAGCAGCUCCCCCUCCUCCUACUUUUGCUCUUGCCAACACAGAAAAACCAAAUCUAAGCCGUUCAGAGCAGCAUGGAAGGAGUGCUCUUUUGUCUGAUAUUGGUAAAGGAGCCAGACUAAAGAAAACUGUUACAAAUGACCGCAGUGCACCCGUAUUUGACAAACCCAAAGGAGGAGGAGGAGGUGGGGGAGGAGGAGGAGGAGGCGGGGGAGGAGGAGGAGGAGGUGGUGGUGGGGCUCCUGCUGGCUUAGGAGGCCUGUUUGCGGGUGGGAUGCCAAAACUGAGAUCUGCAGCGAACAGAGACUCCAGUGACUCGGGACCCAGCCGAGGACCCAUUCUCCCACCUGGAGGCCGAUCCGGUGGCCCAAGCCCUUUUGGUGGUGGUGGCCCAAGCCCUUUUGGUGGUGGUGGCCCAAGCCCUUUUGGUGGUGGUGGAAGCCCUAGCGGCGGACCACCUAGACUUCCAGGAACCCCUGCUGGUGGCCGUAGCAGUGCCCCUGAUCUUCCCAAGGGCCGCCCAGGUUUUCCAUCCAGGCAAGACUCUCCAGGAGGUGCUCCUCCUCCCGUACCCAACACACCUCGACCUGCUCAGUCCUUUCCAUCUCGUGGGGGCCCACCUCCACCAUCACUCCCCACAGGACCAAGGCCGGGCCAUGGAUCUCCAUCUGGACCACCAAGCAUUCCAUCAGGGAGGCACGGCCCUCUUCCUCCGCCACCAGGAGGUUCCACACCAGGCCCUCGAACAAGCUUCUCCUCGCCUCCUCCACCUUCAAAUAGCAGCAGACCUCCCUUACCACCUGCUCCAGGAGGGAGGCCCCCACUUCCUGAUGAUCGACCGCCACCACCACCUGCCCCUGGAGGACACCGGCCAUCCAUACCACGUGACAUGCCACCUCCUCCUCCUUCAGUCAACUCCAAACCUUCUCCGUCUGUUGCUUCUUCCUCACCUUCGCGUCCCACACCCAGUGGGGGUGCACCUCCUCUUCCACCAGGACGUCCAGGGCCUCCUUCCUUACCUCCCACCCCAGGAGGAGGUGAUGACCCCUCACCUCGUCUACCCCAAAGAAACAGCUCGCUCAACAGCCAUAGUCCAGCACCACCACCUACCCGGUCAGGACCUCUCCCUCCUCCACCAAGUGAGAGACCACCAGCUCUUGGAAGGAACCAGUCAUCAGUACGCUCGGGCCCUCUACCUCCUCCACCUCCUGCAGGUCGACCUAUGGGACGGCCAGGCCCAGAGCCCCCUCGUGGUGGACCCGGAGGCAGGCCUCCCCUUCCUCCUGACAGGCCGGGAACAGGAGGUGGGUUUCCUCCACCACCACCCAUGGGGAAUGGUCUCCAAAACCACAACCAAAUACAAGAUGAGUGGGAGGGUCGGUUCAAUUUUCACCCAGUGUCAGACCUUCCUCCACCUGAGCCCUAUGUGCACUCCCAGAAGACCUACCCCAGUAAGCUUGGCAAAAAUGAAAGCAAAGGUUCUGGUAAAAAGGAAAGAGGAGCACCUCCUCUUCCUCCUAUACCCAGGUGAAGAUAAGAUGGAAGCUAUCGCAAUACUUGGAACUACCCCCUUUGUCUACCUGCCCUAUUUGUCUUUUUUGUUGCGCUCAUUGUGCUUUGACCUGCAGCAUGUAGUUCAAGUAAGAACUGCAACAU